UCUGCUUCUUCUGUCCUUCCAAGUUCCGCGUACCUGGAAUUUUGACUCAUCCCGCUCUGCCCGCUCCAAUUUUCUGGCCGGCGUCGAACUUUUUUAUUUCCUCCCACGCCCGCGCCGCCACACUUUUCCUCCCUUGCAUCUAGACAUUUCCCAAUAUACCAGGCGAUCAACCAGGAGCUCGUGGGCAACCAUGUGUGGUAUUUUCGCAUGUCAUGGCCAUCCUUCGGUAGCCGCCUUUAAAACCCAAGCACUCCAGUGUGUCAAAUGCUUAAGACAUCGUGGACCCGACUGGUCUGGCAACUGGACCGGCAAAAACACCAUCCUCUGUCAUGAGCGGUUGAGCAUUGUCGGCGUCGACACCGGCGCUCAGCCUCUGGUCAACGACGAGGGCACCAUUGCCUUGGCCGUCAAUGGAGAAAUCUACAACCACCGAAUUCUGCGCAAGCAGCUCAAGAAGCCCUACAAUUUCAGAACCCACAGUGAUUGCGAAGUCAUCAUUCCUCUGUAUCAAGAAUAUGGCAUUGACGCUCCCAAACAACUCGAUGGCAUGUUUUCGUUUGUGCUCUACGACAUGGAACAAGACCGCACAAUCGCCGCAAGAGAUCCGAUCGGCAUCACUUCCUUUUAUAUUGGUCGAUCCUCUCAAACACCCGGCGCAGUCUUCUUCGCUUCAGAGCUGAAAGCGCUUGCCCCCGUCUGUGACAAGAUUGACGUCUUUCCUCCGGGCCAUGUUUAUGACUCCAAGACCGAUUCCCUCACUCGAUAUUUCGAACCUUCAUGGUGGGACCCGGAGCGCAUCCCAGACACCCCACUCGAUUUGAAGUUGCUCAGAAAGACUUUGGAGAAGUCGGUGCUGAAGCGACUCAUGGCCGAAGUACCAUAUGGAGUUCUUCUGUCGGGAGGCUUGGAUUCGAGCUUGACUGCAUCCAUCGCCCAGCGAGAAUCUCUACGUCAACGUGCCCUCGUCGACCGGGCUCAGACCAACGGUGCGGUCAACGGCGCAACCAAUGGCGACGUCCAGACCGGGACCAAAUUGGUGGGUAUCGAUGAUGAGGAUGAAUUAUCCACCGUCACUUUCCUCCCACAAUUGCAUUCCUUUUCCAUCGGUCUCCCCGGCGCCCCAGACACCAAGGCUGCUCUGGAGGUGGCCAAGUUCUUGGGCACCAAACAUUACGACUUUACCUUCACUAUUCAAGAAGGAUUGGAUGCUCUUUCAGACGUCAUUUACCAUUUGGAGUCGUAUGAUGUGACCACCAUCCGUGCUUCCACUCCCAUGUACCUUUUGAGCCGAAAAAUCAAAGCCAUGGGUGUCAAGAUGGUGUUGAGCGGUGAAGGCAGUGACGAAAUCUUUGGAGGAUACCUGUAUUUCCACGGCGCCCCUAACAAGGAGGAGUUCCACAAGGAAACGGUCAAGCGAGUCAAGAACCUGCAUUUGUCUGAUUGUUUGCGUGCCAACAAAUCGACGUCGGCCUGGGGUCUGGAAGCCCGUGUUCCUUUCCUCGACAAACAGUUCCUUGAGGUCGCCAUGAACAUCGAUCCUCAAGAGAAGAUGUACACCAAGGAUCGAAUUGAAAAGUACAUUAUUCGAAAGGCUUUUGACACCUCGGACGAGCCAGACGUCAAGCCUUAUCUCCCGGAUAGCAUCUUGUGGCGGCAAAAGGAGCAGUUCAGCGAUGGCGUAGGCUAUGGCUGGAUCGACGCGCUCAAGGACAACGCCGAACUCAACGUGACCGACGAAAUGAUGGCCAACCCCAAGCCAGAAUGGGGCAACGAUAUCCCCACCAGCAAAGAGGCCUACUGGUACCGCACCAUGUUUGACGAGCAUUUCCCUUCCUACUGUGCAUCCACCGUGGCGAGAUGGACUCCCACGUGGUCGAAACAGACCGACCCCAGUGGCAGAGCCAUUGGAACUCAUGUUGCAAGAUACGAGGGCGCCACCGAUUCAGGAUCGUGAUUGGAGACUUGGAUAGAGCGGCGUGGCAUUUUGGUCUUUAUGUUGCCUUUGUUUUUUGUCUACGGCGGAUUUCUCUGCAGCCAGAUUGUGAUCAAAGACGAAAAAAAGCCCUGGAGCUCAAACUCGGACAAGAUAAAAGCGUGAUUGCUGGGAAGGCUGUUUGUGUCUACUAGAAUCCUGUCUUGACUGGAAGAGGAGAGCGAGAGCAUGCUCACUUGAUACCUAUGAUUGCACGCUCACCUGACAUGGGAUGGGAAAGAAAGAAAUCAGAAUCAGAACUGUAAUGACUAUAGACUAUGUAGGGCAAAGAUAGGAGCAUGGUAGAAACUAUAUGUGAGAAGAGAUCUGAUGGACAAGCUGUUGGGUAGGAGUUCAGUGAUCUUGACUCGUACAAGGCAGAUUUCGAUUCUAGUGUUGGAUGGCAUUUAUCAUUGGGCAUGUUAGAGGGUUAUGUAUGCAAGUCGCCGCGAUAGGCCAAACACAUACAGAAGGGACAUCAGUAUGAGCCCCUAGGUAGAAUAUACUAUACGG